ACUAUAAAUGGAGCUGGUGUGGACACGGGGAAACUGGACCAUGCCACGCCAGCCUAGGACAGGGGAGAGCGAGACAGGAAGCCUGGGGAGAUUCAGGCAGCCUGCGAGGAUAGGAGGCAAGGCAGGACCCUCUCCCCCUCCUCCUGUGGACUUGCACACACUCCAGUUUGCUGCAGUGCUGUAAUUGCAAUGUGUGGAAAGGAACCAGGGAGGGCUGCGUUUGCUGCCCAGCUCCUGUUUUUUUUCCGUGUGUGUGUAUAUGUUGUAACCCUCCCUCCCCCUUGCUCCAGGUUCAGUCGAGCCUCGGCUUCCUGCCUGGGUGUGGACUCGAACUGAUUUCUUCCAGCUCUUCCACAGCUACAGAUGCCUGCUCGAGCCCCAUCCUACUUACUGGAUUAAAGCAUUAAUUAAAACAACAACAAAAGAGGACUGUCCGGUUAAUCCAACGAAGCUCCAUCAACCGGGAAGCAGACAGAUAGAGAAAGAGGAAACUGCAGCCAUGAAUAAUUGGGUGUAUUUUACCCAGAAGUCAAAAGGAACUCCUUUCCAUACGGAUUGAAAGGCGUUUUCCACCCCCACCCGCCCGCAGGCUGUGCCUGAGCUGAAAGACAGCGAGCGACAUUGAAGACAGGGAGCAGGGACCCAAAAGGGAGGGUCCUGAUCCAGCUGGAGAUUGGUUUUGCAAGUUUGAAGAAAGUCGCACUGUUUCCUGAGUACAGCCGGAGCAAUGCAGGGAGCUGGGAUGGAAAUGGAUAAAUGCAAGCAGCCCGGAGCAGAAAUACAAUGGAAACAGCAGCUCCUGCCAUCCAACAGCCGGGAUCACUGAUAUUCUUCUGAAAGCUCACCAGCUGCUUUUAGCAGCACUGCUGUGCAGAAAGGGGCGUCGGGGGUGGAGGGAAAAGAGGAACCUACUAAAAAGAAAAGAAAAUCCCACGUCUUCCCCACCCUUGCUCCUCUGGGCUGUGCUCUCUCUCUCUCUGUCUGUGUGUAUCUGUGUUUCCUUGCUGCCGCUUCCAGGUGACCGCCAGUUACUCCUUCAGCCACUGACUGGGAACUUCUCCAUCCGUCAGCAACCUGUCACCCCGGGCUUGGGAGCGCCCAGGUCCGCCUGAGCUUCCCUGAGAGAUCGGCACCGACUGAAUUCCACCGAGACAAGGCUAGAGCGGCGGACGGAAGGGCAGAAAACUUUUUUGCUGAGGCAGACAGGGAGGGGGGGGGGGGGUGGUGAGGUGGUGGUCCCUACCUUUUGCAAAGCAGCUGAAACCCAUCUCCUGCCUUGACGCUGUCUGUGUGCAAGGACAGGCUCAGAGUGGACACUCGGCCCCUGGACCGAAGCGGGGUUAGAAAGUGUCUUGUGUUUUUAAGCCGUUUUGUUCUGGUGGGCGCAGGGGCUCACCGUGAAAGUGAGGGAGCUCUGGCAGCGCAGAUAGGGAAAGGAGCUGGCAUCUGGCCUGAACGUGUCGUUUCUGGGACACACUUAGGAGGGGGGCAUUUAAACACGUUCACACAGAAAUCAGAUACAAAGCCCUCCCACCUCAACUCCCCAGCAUCGGAGCAAAAGGAGGACCUGAGGACUUAGCAGCAAGCUGCCCACUUUUCAGAUUGCCUGUCAGUGUUGGAGUUGGGAACCUCACCCCCUGCAUGUGUACCAUAUACUGGAUAGGAACUGCAGCUCGCCUCCUACAAGGCCAUUUCAGCAACUGUUGAGUGUCUGACUGUGAACCUGCAGGACCCUUUGCAAGCCUCAAGCUGCCAAACCAACUCUUGGAUUCCUUCCAUUUCGUUUUGGUGGAAUUUUCAACCUUUUGUGUCUAGUUUUUGUUUGGGGAGCAUAGGAUGUACAUUACAGUGUGACACCUUCCCUUGGACAAGUAUCAAACGGAUUAUACAUGCACCAGUAUUUAUUUAUCUGUGGCACCUGCCUCCUCACUUGCUGUGCUCAGCUUUGACCCACUGUGGAUCUUCAACAUUCAGAUACUGAUUGCUGCUCAUCGUUUGAAGCUUCUGCUGCGGGAGUUUGGCACAAAUUUUAGUGUUCAGCACUUGGCUGAAGCUCCCAGUCUGGUCCAAGGCACCUCCAUUCAGUGCUCGCUCCAUCCUGCAGGCUCCUACUUUCUUUGUCACUCCUGAUUUUGUGAAGCCCAACUGUCAGUCCUUCUGACCUGCAUCGUGUUUUCUGCUGCUGUAGCCGCUGUGCCAAGCUAGUUCCAAUGGUGAUCACUUCCACCAGUGAAGUUGAACCGUCUCCCCCCAGCAUGCUGGCUGCCUUGCAGUCAGAAUGGAUUAAACAGGAUCCUAUUUAUUACCUACCUGCCACCCACUGCAGCAAGAAGGCAUCUCGAAGUGGGACCAGCUCAGGAUGCAAGCCCCCAUCCUCACAUUGCUUGCCUGCCCCGUUUGGCUUCACCCCCGCUGAGCCCAGCAUGUCAAACCAGCAUGGACACCUGCCUCUUGGCAACGUGCAGCCCAUGUGUGAACUGCAGGAGGUCAGGCAGGGCCAUCACUGGGAUGUGACCGCAGGCCGGGCACCCAACUCUGACCACCAGAGGGGCAACCGCAGUGAGCAGAUGCUAUCGGAUAUGACGAUCUUACAAAGGAGGAUCCCAGUGAGCUUUCGUGAUCCUGGGACUGCGCCCCUGAGAAAGCUGUCAGUGGAUUUGAUAAAGACGUACAAACACAUCAAUGAGGUCUACUAUGCCAAGAAGAAGCGUCGCGCCCAACAUGUUCCCCCAGACGAUUCCAGUAACAAGAAGGAGAGGAAGAUUUACAAUGAUGGUUAUGAUGACGAUAACUAUGAUUACAUUGUGAAGAACGGGGAGAAGUGGAUGGAGCGAUACGAGAUAGACUCCCUGAUUGGGAAGGGCUCAUUUGGGCAGGUAGUGAAGGUCUACGAUCACCAUGAGCAGGAGUGGGUGGCCAUCAAGAUCAUCAAGAACAAGAAGGCGUUCCUGAACCAGGCCCAGAUCGAACUGCGCCUUCUGGAGCUCAUGAACAAACAUGACACUGAGAUGAAGUAUUACAUCGUUCACUUGAAGCGACAUUUCAUGUUCCGGAACCAUCUGUGUUUGGUUUUUGAGCUGCUAUCCUACAACCUGUAUGAUCUACUGCGAAACACCAACUUCCGUGGCGUCUCCCUCAACCUGACUCGCAAGUUUGCCCAGCAGAUGUGUACGGCCCUGCUAUUCCUGGCCACCCCUGAACUCAGCAUCAUCCACUGUGACCUCAAGCCUGAGAACAUCCUCCUGUGCAACCCCAAACGCAGUGCCAUCAAAAUCGUUGACUUUGGCAGCUCCUGCCAGCUGGGGCAAAGGAUUUACCAAUAUAUCCAGAGCCGUUUCUAUCGCUCACCCGAAGUGCUGCUUGGCAUGCCAUAUGACCUGGCCAUUGACAUGUGGUCACUGGGCUGUAUCCUGGUGGAGAUGCACACAGGGGAGCCUCUCUUCAGUGGGUCGAACGAGGUGGAUCAGAUGAAUAAGAUAGUGGAAGUUGUCGGAAUUCCUCCUAGCCACAUGCUGGAGCAAGCGCCCAAAGCCCGAAAGUACUUUGAGAAGCUCUCGGAUGGGCUAUGGGCCGUCAAAAAAGUGAAGGAUGUGAAGAAGGAAUACAAAGGGGCCGCUUCCCGUAAACUGCACAACAUCAUUGGUGUCGAGACAGGUGGGCCCAAUGGGCGGCGUGCUGGUGAACCAGGGCACACACCUGCAGAGUACUUGAAGUUCAAGGACUUGAUUCUAAGGAUGCUGGACUAUGAUCCCAAAACCCGAAUCACCCCUUUCUAUGCACUUCAACACAACUUCUUCAAGAAAACCUUGGAUGAAGGGACAAACACAAGUAACAGCGUCUCAGCCAGCCCCUCGUUGGGGCACAGCCAGUCAACAAGCACUGCCAGCUCUUUGUCCAGCUCAGGUGGUUCCAGUGGGUCUUCAGGUGACAACCAGAAUCAACAUUACACCAACCGUUACUUCAACCGCACCGAGGCUCAGACAGACUAUGAAAUGCACAGUCCGCAGGUUCCACGGCCGCCUUCAAUGCACCAUCAGCAGCUGCGGCUGUGGAGCAGCGCCGAUACACCAGCCAGCAGCAGCAGCCUGUACCCAGCACUGCCCCCUCACCCCGCGACUGGGUCUCAACAGCAGCAGCAGCACCUCCUCCAAGGUAAUGAGGAACAUCGCCUAUACCGCCUCGGGACUGCCAGAAUGGCGAUGCUUCUUCAGCAGCGUCUCUACCAUCACCACCAUCGCCAGCUGCUGUCUGGCUCCCCGCCUCUGGUACCUGAAGCUGCUUCCUCAGCCCACACCGCCUUCCUCCUCCUUUCUCCCCACAGUCCGGACUCCACCCAGCGAGGAUCCUCAGGCUUGCACCUUCGGACUAGGACCGCCUUGCCUGGGCACAGCCUUUACCCUCCCGCAGUGCCCCCAGGUCCUGAUAUUGACAGCCUGUCGAGGGCUCCAAACCAGCAUCGCUACAGGCCUGAGCCAGACAGCACAGCCAUGAUGGGCUUCUGCCCCCCACAAAGUUCUGCAGCCACUUCCUGAUGAUAACUUGACACACAAGAAAGUAAAAUCUAUAUAUUAUAUACAAAUGGAAAUGAAUAAAAGCCAUAAUCUUGAUCAAGUGCUGCAUGGGUUGGGUGGCAGCGGAUGGAAUUGGAUUGGUCGGGGGGGUUGGUCCCUGAAUAUUUCAUUGCAACCUUCUAAUCUGAGCUCAACUGUAAUUGUAAAAUUGUUUUAUUUAUUUAAUAGUCUGUGCCAGAGCUUGAACGGGCUGUUUUGUUUUAUUUUUAAGCUUGAGGUAAUCGUGAACUUCUGCUGUGUCUCCAGGAGCAGUUUCUUUUUCUGUUCCUCUCACUCAUUUCCCCCCUUUCCACCCUACUAAAUCCCUUCGUUACUGUCUCUCUCUCUCUCUCUCUCAUAUUCUCACCCUCAUGCUCUAGCUCUCUGUCUGAUGCUCCUUUCCACGUUCAAACUUUGCUUCUUGCUUUUCUGCUCCCACUGUUAGCUUUCACUCUUUAUAAAUACUGAUGCAAAGUGACUUGAUUGAAGUGAUGUGACCAUGCAGAUAGGCAGUCUUCUGGAAUCCUUUAGCCUGUGUCUCCAUGCAUCCUCCCUUUCCUUUGCUUCCUGAGGAGUCAGCAAAAUCCAUGUUGUUGGCAGGAUUCAUACAUCCAGGGUGCACACACUACCUCUGUCCCUUGUUCCAUCUCACUCUUCUAUUUGUCCCUUGCACCCCUGACCUCUGUUUCCGCUCAAUUCUCCUGUGAUCACUCUUUUCUCCGCACCUCCCUGUGGGACAUGCUCAUCCUUCCUGUAGGUUUCCAAGUCUGGCAUCACCCUGACUGCUGGUUCCUUUGUGAGAAUCAAUUUGGUGUACGUGUGCAUGUGAGAGCUCCUGUGGUAACACAGCUCAACUCUCUAGGUCUUGUGGAGACUGCUGAAUAUCACAUUCUCUGUUUUCCCCCAUUCUGCCUAUUUUGAGGUGUGGGACAAAGUAGGGGAGACUUUGAAUAACAGUUGUGGUGUUCAGUAUUAACAGCACUCUGCCAUCUCUGUUCCCCCCCCACCCACACACACACACACACACACCAACUGAAUCUGAGAAAAAGACUCUGGGAGAGAUGGAGUUUCAAAUUAAUUAGGGGAGACGUGAGAAAGCAUUAAUUUCAGAGCAUAGUGACAAUUAGCCUUUUGUCUUUUUUUUAAUUUAUUGCACCAAAGACUGUCUUGAGGUAUCACUGGGAAAUGUCUGAAGAGGUGGGGAGGGUGGGGAUGGGUUAGUGUGUACAGGAUUUUAGAUUUGUCUUUUAAAAUGUCUUUUUUUUUUCCCUAACACUGUUUUAAAAAUAUAUAAAAUUGCCAGUGAUUGAUUGUAUAUCUUGUCAGCCACUGCUAAGGGGCCCAGCCCAUCUGAUAAUGGGUGAUUGACUGUACUUGUGUGUCUGAGGAAGCAGUGUCUGUCUGUCAGAGAGUGAGUGAGUGAGUGCGCGCGCACAAGCUGAGGAAGUUUGGUUGAGAAAGGCAGGGGAGGUUGUGUGGUGAGUCUGAGUGGGACGUGUUUUUGAGGGGCACGGUUGGCGGGGGUGGUGGUCGGUAUUGGCAGUGUCACAAACAGUGAACACUUUUCUCAGAUAAUA